AUAAAGGCGAAAUUCACUUUAUUAAUAUUUAAAUAACAUGUUUGAUGAAAUGUAACAAGUAUCACAUAAAAAGAAAAACAUUACUUAAAAACGUUUCUCGUUGAACACUGUGAAGCAAAAUCAUCAAUAAUUGCUUCAUAAUCAACCUUUUCCAAGAUCUCAUGCUCAAUGCUUAAAAUUGCUAGUCCAUUCAUCCUUUCUUGAGACAUAGUCGAUCGCAAAUAAUUCUUUAGAAUCUUCAACUUUGAAAAACUUCUCUCCGUUGUGGCAACGGUCACAGGUAUUGUCAACAGUAUUCUGUAAGCAAUUGUUGUAUUCGGAUAACAACACAAGUUCUUCACAAAAUCAAGAAUUUUAAUGGUUGUGUCCCUAUCAUCCGGUAAAAUAUUUUGCAACAUUUCCAAUUCUUGAAACAAAUCAUCCAUAUCAAUGUCUUCCUUUUCACCAUCUUGUAGAGCUUCUGCAAGUAUCUUACAACAAUCUCUCAACUUAUCAGAAUCCAAUGAUUUCAAGUUCCGUGAAUUGAACAAGAACCCAAAAAUACCUUGAAAAACCUUCAUCUGAUCAAAUCUACUUUGCAAAGAAGCCAAACAAGCAUCCAUUACAACAUUAAAAUAAAAACACUUAAAAGCAUCUUGAGACGACUUAUCUUCAUCAUCUUCUUUAUCUUCAUCAAAGUGCUUUUUCCUUCGGAUCGAUCGCCUUUCAGGAAAACAAGGUUCAAGCCCCAAUUCUAGAGCAAUACCUUUUGCUCUACUCAUCGCAUCUUCAAACCCCUCAUUUCGAUACUUGUUUAAAUAAAUAAUCAAAGCAUUCAUAUUUACUAUACAAGCAUCCAUGCACAUAUCUUCACUUUGUAAUAAUUUACUGACUUUACUAUUGGGAUGCAAAACAUCAUACCAUAUUACCAUGCCCAAUAAGAAUUCAAACUUUUCUACUUGUUUCAGCACACUUUUAACGUCAUUUUUAGACGAAUAAUCAGUGCAAUCUUUUCCCAGUUCAAUCAAAGCUUCUCAUAUUUGCAAAGUUUGGGUUACAAUUGCUUCAACACUUUCCACAUGACAUUCCCAACGUGUGGUGGACAAUGACAUCAAAGUUAAGCACUGUAAAUGCUCUUUCAAAAUUGCCCAUCUUUUUGUUGAACCAGAAAAUAAUGUAUACAAUUUCUGAACACAUCCAAAAAAAGUAACCGCUCUUGAACAAGAUUUAACCAUAUCAGAAAUUGUUAAAUUUAGACUAUGACAAGCACAUGGCAUGUAAAAAGCUCUCUGGUUCAUAUCAAGUAGCCUUCUUUGAACACCUUGAUGCUUACCUUUCAUGUUAGACCCAUUGUCAUAACUCUGUCCUCUAACAUCAUCAAUAUCUAGCUCAGAUGAAAUCAACACACGUUCUAAUUCCCCAAAAAGCCCCAAUCCAGUUGUAUCUAGUACUUCUAGAAAUUCAAAAAAAUAUUCAACAAAAAAAGAUAAAUAAAAAAAAGUUUAUUAAAAAAAAAUACAAAAAAGAGUCCUACUCACGCUAUAUAUAAAGAAAAAUUUUGACGUGUACACAUAAAUUAUACUUUUCAUCAAUGCGGGUUACAUUUUAUGCGACGUGAACCACAACACAAAAAAAUCGGUCAUUAACUUUAUUAAUAAUCCCGCUGCUGGAAGGAUUCCUAUACGUACUGCAGUGGAGCCAUUAUGGGUUUUAAAUAAUUUUAGUUUUACAAAAAAAUAAAUAAUGAAAAUAUUAGCAAACUUAUUUCAAACACAAUCAAAUUAGUUACGGAUAUGAUCUUGAUAUAUUGCGUUGACAAAUGAUAGGUGUUCUAUGAACAUAAUCCUCAGUGGUGUUAGAUUUAUUUAGCUAUCUCUUAUUGUGUUUAGAAACAAAAUUCGUAAUAGCAUCUACUCAAAGUGAGUGACUAAUGAUUGGAAUAUAAAUUAAACACAAAAGUUUAACAUAACAAACCAAUGAAAACUUUACGACCCAUAGUCUUAAAUUUCUUGUGUUGAUCCAAAAUUACUGAUUUGGCUUUUCAUAUAUGCUCCAUGUACACACUUACCUAAUUUUAGAUUGAAAACAACUUUAAAAUGUAAUAACUUAACCAUGAAAUAUACAAUUCAUAGUUUUAAAAUAUCCCCACACCCCAUGGUAUCAAAUGACCGUGGAAGAAAGAAAAUUAACCUUCCAUCUAGUUCUUCAUUAUUGUUCCAAAAAAAAGUGGAAUCUCCCACCCCAGGAGCCCCCCAUCCCGACCCGACAGGAUGGUGGGGAGGUUAGUCACGGUGACUCAGUUAGCAGAAUGGCAGUAGGCCCAUACACCCGUGCGCACCAGAGGCCCAGCCUUAUUUCAGGUUCUGUGACCUCCACCCGGUCGCUGCGGGGAUUCGAACCUUGGUCCAUUGUUCCAAAUCUCCCACCACUUGACCAACUGAGCUACCCGUGCGGGUUCUAGUUCUUCAUUAUUAAUCUAUAGUGAAAAUCACAGUUUUAAACUCUCAAUUAGCCAUCAUAUUGAAAUCCCAGACCUAUGUUUUUGCAUUUUUAAAUGUCACUCCAUGUUUUGUCAGAAUUGUUUUAAAUGUCGCCCUUGUAGUUAAAAGUUUUACAAACUCCGUGUGGCUUUUCAUUUUUUCAGGAGUAAACAUGUAACUUCACAUCCUUAUAUGUUUAAAUCCCUAAGUCGAGUACAAACCAAACUUUCUUUGUAUAAUUCAAGUGAGGUACACAUCAUUUGCUUGGGAAGCUCACUUCCCUUUGUCCGUUCUUCAGCCGUUUGGAUUUUUCAAGAGGUGCCGCCAUUGUCAUAUGAUUUAAGGUUCUUCAUCUUCAGGUGCGUACAUAUUUUUCGUUCUUCCUUUUGUCGUUCUUCUUUUGUUUAUUCAAAAAAUGAACCGGGUGUAGGAGUUCAAAGCAUUUCCUUAAUGAAUGCCCUAACAAGAAAAAAUGUUAUGCAUGUUGAGUUUGUAUUCAAGGAUGCUUAGUUACAACAAAAGUUGGGAAAAAUAAGGGCAGAUUGUUUUAUAAUUGCACACAAUGCAAUUACUUCGAAUGGAAAUUGAGUGAAAGCAGCAAUCAUGGAAGGUAAGGUCCAAGUGUUGAAGGUGAAGGAGGUCGAGAUGAAAAGGUGAAAGGUGAUGUUUGUGAACUUAUAGAAAUGUUUGCACAAACUCCAAUGGUCGAAGGGGGUAAGAUGACACUAACAUUGACAAUUUUAUUUGAGAAGACCAAAGAAGGGUAGUUAGAAGUGUCAUUGUAAUAUCUUUUUUUUGUUGUAUUAGUGCCCUUCAUUUGUGAGAAGUUGUUGUCGUGUAGUACAUGUAAUGUUUACCAAACAUGUAAUGGUAGUGAAGUUGACACUAAAGAGUAUGUUUGUGGUUGUAGUUUGUGUAAUCAAACAAGGCCAAUUGAAAGUCUAUUUUUGCUCACAUGUGUUAGUUGAUAUUGUUUUGUGUAUACUUUGAAAAGGUUCUCUUUCAUUUCAAUUUGAAGAAUAGAAUGGUUACAUUAUAAGGUAAACAAAACCAAACCAAACAUACAAUACUCAUAUGCAUUUGAAUCUAAACAACUAACACCCAUGUAAACAUGUGGUGCAACUAACACCCAUGCUAAUUUUUACUACAACCAAAAAUUAUACUAACACAAGCAAACAUGUAGUACAACCAUAUACUAAACAACCAUAUAAUUGUGCACAAAUAGAGGCGUUGAAUAAGUGUUUACACACGAGGGUGGUACAUAACAUAAAAGUGUGUCACACAUCCACCAAAAAUAUAAUGGCAUACCACAUAUAACAUGAGUGUUUAGCACAGACAAAAAACUAAAGGCAUAAACAUGAGAGUUCAACAUAUUCGAGCCUAGAACAUGAGUGCUUUGCUGGUUUUCUGCUUUGCGCCAUUGCUUAUGGCCAACUAUCUAUCGGUCGUCGUCACUGAAAGUAGAGCCCCAAGGUCUGGAUCUGUCUCAAUCAACCACUGCGGUCGUCGCGGUCUUGUUGGGCCAAAGGUUAGUCGGUGGCCUAUGGCCCUCCAUUGAUAUCGCUGCAGCAAAUGCACCACUAGCCUUCAAGUCGCCCGAUACUCUGCCUCAUUCACACCAAAUUGCAAUCGGAAAUCAACAAGCACCACCAACAGUCGUGAGGUCCUGGCGGCUGGCAGGUUGGACUUCCCUGUCGAUUGCAAAUGAAAUCCUGCAGAAUUAGAUCCUCGGAGCUUAUAGUCAGUGGCGGAACUAGAAUUUUUUUUAAGCUGGGGCACGAUUAAUGGGAAAAUUUACUGGACAGACGGAUGACACGAGAGUAGUCUUGGGAUGGGUGACCCCCUGGGAAGUUUCUCAGGAUGCGCACGAGUGAGGACAAAGUGCGCGAAAAAGGCUAGUGACGGUUUGUGAGGACAGUACUAGAGGUCCCUCGGAGCUUGUGGGCCCGGGGUGUUACAGAGCUAGCUUCGAGAUCCCUAGGGGCUGGCGGUUCAGUGUAGCGGCCUGCUGGCGUGGCUCUGCUACUUGCCCGUUUCACUGCUUCGUUGCUUCCGGGUUACGCUCCUAUGCGGCAUUUGACGUUUGAAGAUACAGACUUACAGUCUGGGUGAAGGGGAAGGGCUUUAGACCUUGUUGUGCACUGGAUCUUGGCUUGGCAUGUUUACAUUGUUUCGGUUGUUGGGCUGCCUUGGCCCGAUUGGCACUGGACAUUUUUUUCCUGCUUCUAAAUGACAUCGUCCUACACUUCUACUUCAAAAAAAAUCAGCCUUGCCAAGUUACCCGGAUACUUCUACAUCGAUCAACCCUGUCCUCCAGCCGGAAGCUACACCUUCAGGCUUCAACCCACCGAAAAUUAUGGAACAGACCAGUUCGGCGGCCCCCCAACCCCUUCAAGCUAUACACUAGUUCUUACGACGGAAGCAGGGGCACUGGCCCCUCGGCAGAUCCGCCCUUGCUUAUAGUCACUUGAUAAAUCCAUUUUCAAUUUGCUGAGAUGUUGUCUUGAUCAGUUUGCAAACAUGCCUCCCAACCAUGACUAAAAUUAGAAAUAAAUAAAUAAAUAAAUAAAAGAAGUAUGUACAUUAUAAUAGAACCUACCAUCCUGAGAAGCACCAUGUGAUCGAAAUCGGGCCUAAUAGAUUAAUAAUAAUAAAUGUACUAGAACAGUAUAAAUAGAAUAAACUGGGAGAUGCCAAGUAGGUUGUUUUAGAUAUUGGGCGCAACAAGGACGUUGCGUUCCUAAGUGGGGAUGAUUGUAACACUUGAGAUUUAAUUUAAACGGAUUAAUAGUACUAGUCAUACCAACAAGAUGCAUCUCCUUUUAAGGGAGCUCAUCACCUAAAAACUCCAAAGUUAAGCGUGCUUGCACGAGAGUAGUCUUGGGAUGGGUGACCCCCUGGGAAGUUUCUCAGGAUGCGCACGAGUGAGGACAAAGUGCGCGAAAAAGGCUAGUGACGGUUUGUGAGGACAGUACUAGAGGUCCCUCGGAGCUUGUGGGCCCGGGGUGUUACAGAGCUAGCUUCGAGAUCCCUAGGGGCUGGCGGUUCAGUGUAGCGACCUGCUGGCGUGGCUCUGCUACUUGCCCGUUUCACUGCUUCGUUGCUUCCGGGUUACGCUCCUAUGCGGCAUUUGAUGUUUGAAGAUACAGACUUACAGUCUGGGUGAAGGGGAAGAGCUUUAGACCUUGUUGUGCACUGGAACUUGGCUUGGCAUGUUUACAUUGUUUCGGUUGUUGGGCUGCCUUGGCCCGAUUACUUCUAAAUGACAUCGUCCUACACUUCUACUUCAAAAAAAAAUCAGUCUUGCCAAGUUACCCGGAUACUUCUACAUCGAUCAACCCUGUCCUCCAGCCGGAAGCUACACCUUCAGGCUUCAACCCACCGAAAAUUAUGGAACAGACCAAUUCGGCGCCCCCCCCAACCCCUUCAAGCUAUACACUAGUUCUUACGACGAAAGCAGGGGCACUGGCCCCUCGGCAGAUCCGCCCUUGCUUAUAGUCACUUGAUAAAUCCAUUUUCAAUUUGCUGAGAUGUUGUCUUGAUCAGUUUGCAAACAUGCCUCCCAACCAUGACUAAAAUUAGAAAUAAAUAAAUAAAUAAAAGAAGUAUGUACAUUAUAAUAGAACCUACCAUCCUGAGAAGCACCAUGUGAUCGAAAUCGGGCCUAAUAGAUUAAUAAUAAUAAAUGUACUAGAACAGUAUAAAUAGAAUAAACUGGGAGAUGCCAAGUAGGUUGUUUUAGAUAUUUUGUUUUAUACUGGGAAGUUAGAGACUAAUCCUCUCUCUUUAGGGGCUUCGGUCAUUGUUUCUUGAUAUUCUCUAAUAAAGUUUGUUGCGUUGUUCUUGAAUUUCUUUUGUAAUUUCUUUGAAAUUGAAGUGAUCUAUCAGUGGUAUCAGAGCACACUGGAUGAUCCUUACGCAUGCUAAGAUGGAAGGAAGAUUGCACGAAUCGGAAAGAAGUCAACGGGAAUCUGUCGCAACUGUGGCAGCGAAUAUAGCUGAGUUACGGGUAUGGAUGGACUCGGGUCCGGGCCGGGUCCGAGUCGGGCCGGCGGGUCAGAAAUGGUGGACCCAGGACCGGCCCGGGUAACCACCGGGUCCGGGCCGGGCCCAUUAUAAUUUUUUUUGUUUUCCUCUUCCUAAUUAACCCCCCUCCCACCCCCAAACCACCCCAAAUGGCCCAAAAUACCCAGCCCAACCCAAAAAUUUAAAAAAAAAAUUGAAAAAAAAAAUAAUUUUUGGCCCGAACCGGGCCCGGGCCCGGGCGGGUCGGGCCUUGUUUUGGGUGACCCGAGCCCGGACCGGAAAACCCACGGGCCGGGCCUACCCGGACCGGUCACUGACAAGGCCAUCGGGUCGGGCCGGGCCGGAACAGUACCGGUCCCGGGCCGGUUCCGGGUCGGGCCACCCGGCCCGAGUCCAUCCCUAGUUACGGGAAAUGAUCACAACUUUGGUGGAGAGAGACCAAAAUCAAUCGCGAAGUAAGUCACAUCGCGAAGUAAGUCGCAUCGAUUUCUGAGGACUCGAAAGGGAACGACAACCAUUCACCACCGCAUCGCCACCAACAUCAUCGCAAAGAACUUGGUCACCAUCACCAAACGAGAAGAAAAAUUGAUAUACUGUUAUUGAACGGAGAAGAUUGGUUGGCCGGUUCCGGCCCGAGUCAAUUUUUUUCAUUUCCUAGGGUAGGGCUGAGUGUUUUGGGGAUGUUUGGGGGUAGGGGUGAGGGGGGGGGGGGGGGUCAAGGGAUAACAAUGAAAGCAAAAAAAAUAGACAUUGAACCGGGCCUGGCUCGACCCGGUUAGGCCCAGACUCAGUAUCAACCCGGAUCGGUUCCGGGCCCACGGGUUUGCAAAAAAAAAACCGCCCAGGCCCAGGCCGGAACCGGACCAGAACCGGACCCGGACCCGGACCGGCCCGGUUCCAUCCCUAAUAAGUAUUGAUCGCUACUUUCAACUUAACCAUAUUGAAGAGGAAGAUAAGGUCAAUGUAGCGGUAGUGGCUAUGGAGGAAAGAGCAUUGAGUUGGUUCCAAGGAUGGGAGAAUUAGACUCAUGAACAUAACUGGGAAACUCUGAAGGCGGCUUUAACCCGUCGAUUCUAGUGAUGGAUUCGGGCCGGGUCGGGCCCGGGCCAGGCCUAGGCCGGGUCAGGCCCGUGCCGGGCCUAGGCCCGGUCGGGCCGCCGGUUCAAGAAAAGUGGGCCCGGGACCGGCCCGCGGGUUGGACGGGUCCGGUUCGGGCCGGGCCACCCGCCCGGGUCACGGGUCGGGUCCGAUUCGGGCCGGUUAUUUUUUUUUUUUAGAAUUUAUAUUUAUAGUUUAUAGUUUUAUACGAGUAUUAAAAACAAACUUCAAUUGCAUUUAUUUGAAAUGAAAUAGGAACUACAUAUAAGAGAUAAACAUUUUGAAAAUUGUAUUCAAUCGGAACUUCCUGCACCUCCCGAUCCUUUGGCUUUGUCACAUGACUUCAUAUGCUUGAUUGCCAUCCCGAAUCCACCUGAAGCCCCCAUUAUACAUUUUUUUUCGCACCAUUUGCAAAUUGCGUACCACAUCCCGGUCUUCGGGUCCUUCUGCUUAUCAAAAUUAUACCGUAUAAUGGCAUUUUGAUUUUCCAUCUUAACUUCUUGGAGAAGAGAAUAUGAGAGUAGAUAACUAGAUAUAUAAUAUAUUGGAGAAUAAGAGAAUUAGAGAGUAGAGAGAUAAGAAUAGGAAGAUUUGGAGAAGAGAUAUGAAAAAAUGUUUAAGAUUAGGAAUAUUUAUAG